AGUAGCCAGAAAUUGGCGGGUAAAAACCGUAGAAGACACUGUUGAAUUUCCAUAAUAGCCCUCAGAAUUGUUCUCAAUCUUCAAAUCUUACCCUUGUAUUUUCCUGAUUAACAAUGGGAUUUCUUACCUUCAAACCUGUUCUCCUCAGAUAUUAUCUCUUAAGACUCCUCUCCUUCAGUGUUUUAAUACUAGCCGUUAGAUUUGCAUUCAUCGUCACCGUCGCCGGCGGCUACUGUGGCUCCGGCCGCUGCUUCUUCCCCAAGAACGACGUUCUUCCCGGAGUCGAAGACGUAUGUCACCGAGAUACUCUCGCCGGAGAAUCUUUAAUCCCUGACUUCUCCACCACUAAGAGGUACCGUAAAACUGUUGAUUAUUAUUCUUCCAUAUUCCAAGAUUUGGAAUCCGAAGGUUUCUUAUCGUACAAUUUUAAGGCUCUCUGUGUGGAAACCCAAGCCGGUGAGGACGUGGUGGCGCUUAGAGAGAUUGGCGUGUUUGAUUCUGUAGGAAUCUCCAAGAACCCCUCGCCGCCGUUGCUUUUCUCCGGCGAAGCCUAUCGCCAACCUUUCGAUGAUAACACCUUCGAUUUCGAGUUCGUUGGGAAAAAUCGUAUGGACUGGUCAGGUCGACCUGGGGAUUUCGCUUCCGAAGUUUGUCGGACUUUGAAACCGGGUGGGUUUUUUGUGGUUCACACAAUGGCUAAAGAUUUGUACAGCUUCAAUUCUUUUCUUGAUUUGUUCAACUGUUGCAGACUGAUUAGGGCUCGACAAAUCGAUGGCUUUGAUUCUUCAUCAGUUCGCGAGAUUGUGAUGAGGAAGGAGACUGCAUUUCUUGGCCAUGGAGAAGAAUUAUCCAUUGGGAAUAAUUGCUCAGUUCCUGCGUAUAAACGGCAUAUAAUUGGGAAUGCAGAGCCAUUGAUCCAGAAAGAGUCAUUAAAGCCUUGGGUUUCAUUGAAGAGGAAUAUAAAGAGUAUAAAGUAUCUGACUUCAAUGGUGGACAUUAGCUUCAAGCAGAGGUAUGUUUACGUUGAUGUUGGAGCUCGUAAUUAUGGUUCAAGCAUAGGAAAUUGGUUUCUUAAACACUAUCCAAAACAGAACAAGACUUUUGAAAUAUAUGCAAUUGAGGCAGAUAAUACUUUUCAUGAAGACUACAAAAGAAAGAAAGGGGUAAUACUUUUGCCUCAUGCAGCCUGGAUCAGGAACGAGACUCUAUUUUUCGAGAUUUCCAGAGACACAAGCAACAGAAUUGGGAAACAAAGAAGACGAAGAGGAGGAGGGAUGGGUAGGAUUCAGCCAGUGAUGCCUUCAACAAGUUAUAUGCAAGACCUGGAUAAGAUUCAGGGAUUUGAUUUUGCAAAUUGGUUGAAAAACACAGUAACUCAGAACGAUUUCGUGGUGGUGAAGAUGGAUGUAGAAGGAACUGAGUUUUAUCUGAUACCCAAGUUGAUUGAAACAGGGGCAAUAUGCUUGAUUGAUGAGCUAUUUUUAGAGUGUCAUUACGAUAGAUUGCAAAAAUGCUGCCCUGGUGUGAGGAGUUCCAAGUAUGAGAAGACAUACGAUCAAUGCUUGGACUUGUUCAUUUCGCUUAGAAAGAGUGGAGUUCUUGUACAUCAAUGGUGGUGAUGGGUAACACAAAACUGUCUCUGCUAAGUUUCUUAUUUUCUGUAUAUGAUAGGCUGUAUAUUCUUUGUAUUGAGAAAACUAUAAAGUUGGUCUUUUUUUCUUCUUUAUAAUCAUCAAUUCAAUUGUGACAAUUUUCAAUGGAAUAAUGAAUCAAACACAUUCUUUUA